AUGGCUAAGUUAGAGUGGAGGUUGACUGUUCCCGACGGUUCGUCUGAGGAACUAGUGCCAGAAUCGGGAUGGAUCCAUAGAGCAUGGAUGGGCCUUUUCCAGCUGAUUUUAGCAUUGAAAUUGAAAUUUUUGAGGUUUUCGGAGAAGAUAUGGAAAGUGGGUGUUGAUGAUCCUAGGAGGGUUUUCCAUUGUCUCAAGGUGGGGGUAGCACUUACACUUGUGUCACUCUUUUAUUACAUGAGGCCUCUGUACAAUGGCGUGGGACAAACAGCUAUGUGGGCGGUCAUGACCGUUGUGGUAGUCUUCGAAUACACCGUAGGUGCAACGCUUUCCAAAGGCUUAAACAGAGGAAUGGCAACAUUUCUUGCCGGGUUUUUGGGCAUCGCCGUUCAUUCGCUCGCAACCCAAUCCGGAGAAAAGGCGGAGCCCAUAAUCCGCGGAAUCUCCCUCUUCCUUCUAGCUUCCAUGGCAACGUUCUCUAGAUUCAUUCCAACGGUGAAAUCCCGAUUCGAUUAUGGCGUCUCGAUCUUUAUCCUUACCUUCAGCUUGGUUUCUAUCUCGGGCCAUCGUGUAGAUAAAUUGGUUGAGCUGGCCCACGAACGUCUGGCCACCAUUGCUAUAGGUGGUUCCAUCUGCAUGAUGAUCAGCAUCCUCAUCUGCCCCAUUUGGGCUGGUGAAGAUCUUCAUUCUCUUGUCACCCGUAACAUGGAAAAGCUUGCUAAUUCCUUAGAUGGAUGCGUGGUCGAAUACUUCAACGAUGGCCGAAGUGAAACCGGCGAUGAGGAACCCUGUCAAAAAUUACAAGGCUAUAAAUGCGUGCUUAAUUCAAAAGCGACAGAAGAAUCACUGGCGAAUUUCGCACGGUGGGAGCCCGCCCAUGGCCACUUUGGCUUCCGGCAUCCAUGGAAGCAAUAUCUCAAGAUUGGAACAGCUACGCGCUUCUGUGCUUAUUGUGUAGAGGCACUUAAUGGCACAACCAAUUCAGAUAUUAAGGCACCCGACUUCAUAAAGAAGCAUUUGAGCGAUGCAUGCAAGAGAUUGAGCUCCCACUCUUGUAAUGUCUUGAAAGAGCUGGCAACCACCACUAAAACGAUGAGAAAGUCUGCAAACAUAAAUCUUUUAGUUGGAGAGAUGAACGCUGCUGUAGAAGAUCUCCAAAAUGCAUUGAAAUCUCUUCCUCACCAACUUGUGAUGUUGCUGCCACCAUCGACAGAGAAUGAGAAGAAGCAGCCGGUACCGAUGGCUAAUAUUCCACUGAUGGAUAUUCUUCCUCUCGUUACUAUCACUUCGCUAUUAAUCGAAAUUGCUACAAGGAUCGAAGGAGUUGUCGAUGAGGUUGAUGAGUUGGCUGGCCUUGCGAAUUUCAAGCCCACGGACGACCAAAAGCCCAAACAGAAUCAAACCAUUGGACAAGAAGCCAUGGAGGCCCUUCAACAGGUCUGA